AUGCCAAAGUAUGCUAAAUUCAUUAAAGAGGUUCUGUCAAAGAAGAGGUGGUUUACUGAAUAUGAAACUGUAACAGUGACUAAGAAUUUCACGGAUGUCAUCAAACAAAUUCCACCUAAGCAGAAGAAUUCGGGAAGUUUCUCUAUUCCUUGUCAUAUUGGAAACAAAUUCUUGGGCAUAUCGUACCCUCGAAGGAUCAUUGAAGAUGUAUUGGUUAAGGUCGACAAAUUCAUAUUCCCUGCUAACUUUAUUAUCCUUGACUUUGAAGCUGAUAAAGAGAUGCCUUUGCUCUUGGGGAGACCAUUCUUGGCAACUACUAGAACCCUUAUUGACGUUAAAAAAGGGAAAUUAACUUUGAGGGUUAAUGAUGAACAUGUGACAUUCAACAUGCACCAUUUGAUAAAAGCCCCAAGCCAUCAUGAGCAGUGUUCUUGUAUAGACAUCAUUGAUCAGAUUGUGCAAGAGGAUUUUAACAAGUCAAUGUUUGAGGACCCUCUUGAAGCUAUGUUGUGGGGGUUCGAAAUAGAUGAUGUAGAAGAGGUAUUGGCAUUGAUGAAUGCCUCAUCUUCUUACUCCAAGGGCCGAGCACAGUUUGAAACUCUGGACCUUUCAUCCCUAGAAAGACAGGCUCUAAAGCCAUCUCUUGAAGAGCCUCUAAUACUUGAACUUAAGACCUUACCAACUCAUUUGUAG